UUCUUCUCUUCGAUCUUAGUUCUUCCGUGUCUCACAAGGAGUAGGUUUCCUAGUUGUUUUAUAAUACUUGGGGCAUAUUCAGGUUUCCUUUCUUGUACUCUUAUAUAUAAACAUACAAUAGAACAUGGAUCGAUGUCUAACCACAAAUUGAAAUUUAUCAGCAAACAUGGAGGAAGAAAACGCUGCCGAGCUCAAAAUCGGGGAUGAGUUCUUAAAGGCGAAGUGUCUAAUGAACUGCGAAGUUUCUUUGAUUCUUGAACACAGGUUGGCGCAGCUUCAACAGAUGUCUGAUGAUCCCAAAAACAACCAAGUUUCUCAAGUAUUUGACAAGUCGCUGCAGUAUGUGAAGCGCUUUAGCCGUUACAAGAAUCCUGAUGCUGUUAAACAAGUGCGAGAAACCCUUGGUAAUUAUCAAUUGACUGAGUUUGAGCUCUGUGUUCUUGGCAAUCUCUGCACUGAAACAGUUGACGAAGCUAUUGCUAUGGUGCCAACUCUGAAGGCCAAAGGUCGACGGAUGCAUGAUGAUGAUGAUGCAAUUCAAAACAUGUUAAGAGACCUGGCUUUUAUCAAGAAAUUUUCUUGAUUACUGAAGAAAUUUGAGUAGUGGCCAAUGCUUCUGGGUGGUUUUGUAUUUUUGUAUUUUUUUUUUUUCCGACCAAAAAAAUUACAAAAAAGAUCUGAGAGCGAUCUUAAACUAUCGUCAAUUUGUAA